UCCGGAAGCUCCGGCUACUACACCGGGGGCACCAGCCUUCGGUCGCGUUUCCCGGAGUGAUGGUCGCAGCGGGCGCCCAGGGUCGUGCCGCGUGGGUGCUGGUCGGGGGAGCUCUGGCCUCAGCCCUGGCGCUGGGUGCCCCAUCCGGACCGCAGGGUUCGCCUUGCAUGAUUUGGCCCCAGGCGGAAAGCUCUCACCUGGAGACUGCAGCAGAGGCACCGCAUGGAAUGAAAUCCAGGGAGAAUAUUGAGUCCCCAGACCCAACUCGGGCAGUCUCCCCUGGGCCAGUUGCUCAUUCCUUCUUUGCUUUCGUACCUCCGUGGCCCAGGAAGAGCUUCUUUAAAAGAGAGUCUCCUAUGACGCAUCGCCUGGAUGGAGACACUUCAAGAGAUGUUCAAGGGAUCUCUGAGAAUGGAGUCAUUUUUCAGAAAUGUGUGCUGGUGUCCGGGCAGAGCGAAUCCCAGACGGCGCGUGUGCAUCUGGUCGUGAACAACACCCAGGCACCCUCGGCAGCCAACCUCUCGGACCUGCUCCUGCUGGAUGACAUCAGUGGCCUCACUGUCAGAGACUCAACUGGAAAUAAGACCCCAGAUGGAUUGCAGGCUUUCAGAAAGCCAUUCCUGCCAGUGGGCGACUCCUACCUGGUCAGCUACACGGCAUCGCUGGACCCUGGGGCCAUCGGCACUAAGGAGCACCUGAGCCUUCCUGCCCAGCUCACUUUUCAGAGCUUGUCACCGAACAGAACACAGCUGCAAACCCUCUUGACCAUAACAGUGGCUGAAAAGAUAACAGUCCUCCCCCACCACGGUCUCCACGCAGCAGGCUUCUUUAUUGGACUCCUUGUCUCCAUGGCGCUGAGUUGGGUGGCACUUUUCUUCCUGGUACGCUAUCAGUGUCUGCCGGGAAGCCUGCUUGCCGGACACCAGAUGCUGCAUCCUGAGAACAAGCUGGAGCCCUCGCCCUUCGCCUCGGCUGACGGGAUCGGGGAGGAUCUCUCCCUCGAUGACCAGAUGAUCGGCACCCUCACCUCUGAGGACCCCAGGAGCAUGCUGCAGGCCCUGGAAGAGUUGGAGAUUGCAACCCUGAGUCGGGCGGAUGCAGAUCUGGAGGCUUGUCGGACCCAAAUCAGCAAGGAUAUCGUUGGCCUGCUGCUGAGAAGUCUGAGCGCUGGAGGCCACCUCUCCCCACAGGUGGACAGGAGGAUAGCUUCUGUUUUGACGAAACAGUUCCUGUUGUUACAAAAUGAGGUGCGAGAAGAGUAUGACCGUAAGAUGUUGGCGCUGACUGCUGAAUGUGACCUGGAAGCAAGAAAGAAGACAGAAAGCCAGUACCAGAAGGAGAUGGCGGCCAUGGAGGAGGCAGAAGAGUUGCUGAAACGUGUUAAUGAGAGGUCCGCCACAGAGUACAGCAGCCUCCUGCAGACCCUGCAUGGCCUGGAGCAGGAGCACUUGUGGAGGUCCUUGGCUUUGCACCAGGAGGAGGACUUUGCCCAGGCUCGCAGGCAGCUCACCAUUUUCCAGAGAAAUGAAUUGCAUGACAUCUUUUUUGCCCAGAUAAAGAAUGCAAUUUUCAAAGGGGAACUGACGCCAGAGGCAGCUAAAAUGCUGCUGGAAGAUUAUUCCAAGCUCCAGGAGAACCUAGAAGAGCUAAUGGACUUCCUCCAGGCUACUAAGCGGUACCAUCUCAGCAAAAGGUUUGGCCACCGGGAGUACUUGGUCCAGAACCUGCAGUCCACGGAGGCCCGCGCGCAGGGCCUCCUGAGCACCGCGGCCGCCCAGCUCACCCACCUCAUGCAGAAGCACGAGAGGGCGGGGUACUUGGACGAAGAUCAGAUGGAAAUGCUGCUGGAACGGGUUCAGAUGGAAGUCUUCUCUGUGAAACAGAAGCUGGACAAUGACUUAAAGCAGGAAAAGAAAAAACUCCACCAGAAAUUAAUAAUUAAGAGAAGACGAGAGCUGCUCCAAAAGCACCGGGAGCAGCGGAAAGAGCAGCUGUCCACAGUGGAGGCAUUCCGAGCCGCUGAGGACGCCGGCCAGUACCUGCGCCAGUGGAGGAGCAUGGUGGCCGAGCACAGCGCCGCCCUGGAGGAGUUGCAGGAGAGCCUGGACCAGGCUGCCCUGGACCAAGUCCGCGCCCUGACCCUCCUGCUGACUGAGAAGGCCACCGAGGAGCUGAGGCGCCUGCAGAGCUCGGCGAUGACCCAGGAGCUGCUCAAGCGCGGCGUGCCCUGGCUCUUCCUGCAGCAGGUCCUGGAGGAGCAGGCCCGCGAGCUGGCAGCCCGGACGGAGCAGCUGGAGGCUGAGGAGCGGGCGCAGGGCCAGGAGGGUGUGCAGGGUGUGAGGCAGAGGCUGCGGGACGACGCCCCAGAGGCUGCCACAGAGGAGCAGGCAGAGCUGAGGCGCUGGGAGCACAUAGUCUUCACGAAGCUCUGUGGUGCCGCUUUCUCGCUGUCUGAGGAGGAGCUGCUGGCAACAAGGCAGGAGGUCCACUGCUGCUUCGCCCAGAUGGACAGGAGCUUGGCUCUACCCAAGGUGCGGGCCCGAGUCCUGCUGCAUCAGUUCCACACUGCUUGGUGGGAAGCAGAGUUCCUGAAGCUGGACCAGGCACUGGCUGCCCCUGAGCUGCAGUCCAAGGCCAGGAAGCCGAGGUCCAAGAGUAAAAGCAAGCUGGACCUCAUGAGGAAGUGCACCGAAGACAAGAUCCGCCUCCUCGGGGAGCAGCCCCCUGCGGACCUGGCAGAAAAGGUGCGUGGAGAGCUGCUGCGGGAGAGGGUGCAGCGGUUGGAGGCCCAGGAAGCUCGCUUUGCGGAGUCGCUGGUUGCUCUGCAGUUCCAGAAGGCGGCCCGCUCCAUAGAGACCUUAUCAGCCUACACUGCUCUGCUCAGCCUGCAGGACCUGCUUCUGGAGGAGCUGAGCGAGUCUGAGGCCCUGACCAAGCUGGCCUGCAGCCGGAUCCUGGAGUCCCACGGCCCGGUUCCAUUUGUGCUGACAGGAGGGAGUGUCCGUGCUGCCUUGAGAGAGGAGCAGCGGAGCAGUGCGGCGCUGGAGGAUGUCCUGGAAAGCCUGGAGGCGGACACCUUCGCGGCCCUGUGCAGCCAGGAGCUGAGGCUGGCAGCUUACCUCUUGAAGAUGACCAUGGUGCCUAGUGCCACUCUACGCCGCCUCCUGAGCGUGGUGAUGCCCACGGCCCCGCAGCCCCAGCUGCUGACCCUGCUGGAUUCAGUCAGCGAGAGGCACCCUGAGCACACAGUGGAGAGCCCGGGCAAUGGGGAGCAGCCUGACCUGGGCAGGAGGAGGAAACACCAGAGCUGGUGGCAGACCUUGGAGAGCAAACUGCGGGCAGAUCUGAGGGGAAGAGGGCUGGAGAAGGUGCUCUGGGCGCGGCAGAGGAAGGAGAGCAUUUUGAAGAAGACACAUCUCCCCAUCAGAGACAGGCUGGUGUUCUCUGGAAAAGGAAGUUGGCCCCACCUGCCCCUGGAGCCCAUUGGCGAACCGGCCCCUGUCCCCAUUGCAGGGACUGAGACCAUUGAUGUGUUAGGCACAGGGGAAAGGCUGUUUAUAUUCAGAAACCCAAAGGAACCAGAGAUCUCACUGCAUGUUCCUCCCAGGAAGAAGAAGAAUUUCCUGAAUGCCAGGAAGGCCAGCAGGGCCCUGGGGUUGGACUAGCCCAAGAGACAGGGCCCUGGGAGCACCUGCAGGUGGGAAGACUUACUCUCUCCUGUGCACCUGUGUUUUGUUUGUUCAUAACACAACUUGAAGUAGACUGGGACAGCCCGGGUGGGCGGGGCCGUGGGCGGGGUUACGCUUCCUCGUGUAGCCGGUACCCUCGCCCCCCUGCCAUUGAGGACUCAGUGUUGCUUGGUCUUGUUAACUACCGUUUGGCCACGCUGCUUCCCAAGGACCUGAGCACUCCUCCUCUAGUCCCAGGCCACCCAAGCUCUGGAGGAGACGCCUGCCCUGUCAUGUCCCAGUGCCAUGCUGUGUGACAAGCAGUCUGUGAACAAGGCAAGACUAUUUGUACAACAGUCAUUACACACUAUGCUUUUUAUAUAAGAAACCUUUGGAAAUAAAUGUGUUUCGCACAUAACUCUUUGUAAUUGAACUCGUUUUUGCUUUCUGUGGGAACUGCUUUAUUUUAAAUUAUUUCCAUACUGUGGCUUCCUGCUGUGGUGUCCAGCAGAGAUUCAGAGUUGCCAGAAAAUGUUCAUCCCCAGGGCACAGUGUGACCAGUUCAGACCCAAGUUGCCAAACCCAGCUGAUAAAUGAGCGUCAGGAGCUUACGAAGAAGUGGUCUUAAGUUAUGCAGCAACUGUGAUGUCACUUGAAACGCAACCUGUUGGCCAGCAGUUGUCUUCCUUGGUCCUAAACGUAUCAGGCAUAAAUCAUACGUACUUUACAAAGAAAACAGCGAACACAAAAUAUCAUGGAGAAAUUUUCUUAGAGGACUGGGACUGGACUUGAUAAA